AUGGGGCCACAAACAUUACAGAUGAGGAAACCGAAUGAGGAAACCGACUACACACCACAGAAGUCUGAAAGACCAAAAGAUGUCACACUAACACAUGGGGCUACAAACAUUAGACUUGAGGAAACCGACUACACAUCACAGAAGUCUGAAAGUCCAAAAGAUGUCACACUAACACAUGGGGCCACAAACAUUUGUGAUGAGGUAACCGACUACACAUCACAGAAGUCUGAAAGGAAAAAAAAAGUCACACAAACACAUGGGGCCUCAAACAUUACAGAUGAGGAAACCAACUACACACCACAGAAGUCUGAACGACCAAAAGAUGUCACACCAACACAUGGGGCCACAAACAUUACAGAUGAGGAAGCCGACUACACAUCACAGAAGUCUGAAAGACCAAAAGAUGUCACACUAACACAUGGGGCCACAAACAUUACAGAUGAGGAAACCGACUACACACCACAGAAACUUGAGGAAACCGACUACACAUCACAGAAGUCUGAAAGACCUAAAGAUGUCACACUAACACAUGGGGCCACAAACAUUACAGAUGAGGAAACCGACUACACACCACAGAAGCCUGAAAGACCAAAAGAUGUCACACUAACACAUGGGGCUACAAACAUUAGACUUGAGGAAACCGACUACACAUCACAGAAGUCUGAAAGACCAAAAGAUGUCACACUAACACAUUGGGCCACAAACAUUACAGAUGAGGAAACCGACUACACAUCACAGAAGUCUGAAAGACCAAAAGAUGUCACACUAACACAUGGGGCCACAAACAUUACAGAUGAGAAGUCUGAAAGACCAAAAGAUGUCACACUAACACAUGGGGCCACAAACAUUACAGAUGAGGAAACCGACUACACAUCACAGAAGUCUGAACGACCAAAAGAUGUCACACUAACACAUGGGGCCACAAAUAUUACAGAUGAGGAAACCGACUACACGCCACAGAAGUCUGAACGACCAAAAGAUGUCACACUAACACAUGGGGCCACAAACAUUACAGAUGAGGAAACCGACUACACACCACAGAAGUCUGAACGACCAAAAGAUGUCACACCAACACAUGGGGCCACAAACAUUACAGAUGAGGAAACCGACUACACAUCACAGAAACUUGAGGAAACCGACUACACAUCACAGAAGUCUGAAAGACCAAAAGAUGUCACACUAACACAUGGGGCCACAAACAUUACUGAUGAGGAAACCGACUACACACCACAGAAGUCUGAAAGACCAAAAGAUGUCACACUAACACAUGGGGCUACAAACAUUAGACUUGAGGAAACCGACUACACAUCACAGAAGUCUGAAAGACCUAAAGAUGUCACACUAACACAUGGGGCCACAAACAUUACAGAUGAGGAAACCGACUACACACCACAGAAGUCUGAAAGACCAAAAGAUGUCACACUAACACAUGGGGCUACAAACAUUAGACUUGAGGAAACCGACUACACAUCACAGAAGUCUGAAAGUCCAAAAGAUGUCACACUAACACAAGGGGCCACAAACAAUUCUGAUGAGGUAACCGACUACACAUCACAGAAGUCUGAAAGGAAAAAAAAAGUCACACUAACACAUGGGGCCUCAAACAUUACAGAUGAGGAAACCGACUACACACCACAGAAUACAGAUGAGGAAACCGACUACACAUCACAGAAGUCUGAAAGACCAAAAGAUGUCACACUAACACAUGGGGCCACAAACAUUACAGAUGAGGAAACCAACUACACACCACAGAAGUCUGAACGACCAAAAGAUGUCACACCAACACAUGGGGCCACAAACAUUACAGAUGAGGAAACCGACUACACAUCACAGAAGUCUGAAAGACCAAAAGAUGUCACACUAACACAUGGGGCCACAAACAUUACAGAUGAGGAAACCGACUACACACCACAGAAGUCUGAAAGGCCAAAAAUUUCACAACUUGAGGAAACCGACUACACAUCACAGAAGUCUGAAAGACCUAAAGAUGUCACACUAACACAUGGGGCCACAAACAUUACAGAUGAGGAAACCGACUACACACCACAGAAGUCUGAAAGACCAAAAGAUGUCACACUAACACAUGGGGCUACAAACAUUAGACUUGAGGAAACCGACUACACAUCACAGAAGUCUGAAAGACCAAAAGAUGUCACACUAACACAUGGGGCCACAAACAUUACAGAUGAGGAAACCGACUACACAUCACAGAAGUCUGAAAGACCAAAAGAUGGCACACUAACACAUGGGGCCACAAACAUUACAGAUGAGGAAACCGACUACACACCACAGAAAGAUGAGGAAACCGACUACACAUCACAGGAGUCCGAAAGACCAAAAGAUGUCACACUAACACAUGGGGCCACAAACAUUACAGAUGAGGAAACCGACUACACACCACAGAAGUCUGAAAGACCAAAAGAUGUCACACUAACACAUGGGGCUACAAACAUUAGACUUGAGGAAACCGACUACACAUCACAGAAGUCUGAAAGACCAAAUGAUGUCACACUAGCACAUGGGGCCACAAACAUUACAGAUGAGGAAACCGACUACACAUCACAGAAGUCUGAAAGGCCAAAAGAUGUCACACUAACUCAUGGGGCCACAAAAAUUACAGAUGAGGAAACCGACUACACAUCACAGAAGUCUGAGAGACCAAAUGAUGUCACACUAACACAUGAGCCACAAACACUACAGAUGAGGAAACUGAAUGAGGAAACCGACUACACACCACAGAAGUCUGAACGACCAAAAGAUGUCACACCAACACAUGGGGCCACCAACAUUACAGAUGAGGAAACCGACUACACAUCACAGAAGUCUGAAAGGCCAAAAGAUGCCACACUAACUCAUGGGGCCACAAAAAUUACAGAUGAGGAAACCGACUACACAUCACAGAAGUCUGAAAGACCAAAAGAUGUCACACUAACACAUGGGGCCACAAACAUUACAGAUGAGGAGACCGACUACACAUCACAGAAGUCUGAAAGACCAAAACAUGUCACACUAACACAUGGGGCCACAAAGAUUACAGACGAGGGAACCGUCUACACAUCACAGAAGUCUGAAAGACCAAAAGAUGUCACACUAACACAUGGGGCCACAAACAUUACAGAUGAGGAAACCGACUACACACCACAGAAGUCUGAACGACCAAAAGAUGUCACACUAACACAUGGGGCCACAAACAUUACAGAUGAGGAAACCGACUACACGCCACAGAAGUCUGAACGACCAAAAGAUGUCACACUAACACAUGGGGCCACAAACAUUACAGAUGAGGAAACCGACUACACAUCACAGAAGUCUGAAAGACCAAAAGAUGUCACACUAACACAUGGGGCCACAAACAUUAGAGAUGAGAAGUCUGAACGACCAAAAGAUGUCACACUAACACAUGGGGCCACAAAAAUUACAGAUGAGGAAACCGACUACACAUCACAGAAGUCUGAAAGACCAAAAGAUGUCACACUAACACAUGGGGCCACAAAGAUUACAGACGAGGGAACCGUCUACACAUCACAGAAGUCUGAAAGACCAAAAGAUGUCACACUAACACAUGGGGCCACAAACAUUACAGAUGAGGAAACCGACUACACACCACAGAAGUCUGAACGACCAAAAGAUGUCACACUAACACAUGGGGCCACAAACAUUACAGAUGAGGAAACCGACUACACACCACAGAAGUCUGAACGACCAAAAGAUGUCACACUGACACAUGGGGCCACAAACAUUACAGAUGAGGAAACCGACUACACAUCACAGAAGUCUGAAAGGCCAAAAGAUGUCACACUAACACAUGGGGCCACAAACAUUAGAGAUGAGGAAACCGACUACACAUCACAGAUGUCUGAAAGACCAAAAGAUGUCACACUAACACAUGGGGCCACAAACAUUACAGAUGAGGAAACCGACUACACAUCACAGAAGUCUGAAAUACCAAAAGAUGUCACACUAACACAUGGGGCCACAAACAUUACAGAUGAGGAAACCGACUACACAUCACAGAUGUCUGAAAGACCAAAAGAUGUCACACUAACACAUGGGGCCACAAACAUUGCAGAUGAGGAAACCGACUACACAUCACAGAAGUCUGAAAGACCAAAAGAUGUCACACUAACACAUGGGGCCACAAACAUUACAGAUGAGGAAACCGACUACACACCACAGAAGUCUGAAAGACCAAAGGAUGUUACACUAACACAUGGGGCCACAAACAUUGCAGAUGAGGAAACCGACUACACAUCACAGAAGUCUGAAAUACCAAAAGAUGUCACACUAACACAUGGGGCCACAAACAUUACAGAUGAGGAAACCGACUACACAUCACAGAUGUCUGAAAGACCAAAAGAUGUCACACUAACACAUGGGGCCACAAACAUUACAGAUGAGGAAACCGACUACACACCACAGAAGUCUGAAAGGCCAAAAGAUGUCACACUAACACAUGGGGCCACAAACAUUGCAGAUGAGGAAACCGACUACACAUCACAGAAGUCUGAAAUACCAAAAGAUGUCACACUAACACAUGGGGCCACAAACAUUAGAGAUGAGGAAACCGACUACACAUCACAGAAGUCUGAAAGAUCAAAAGAUGUCACACUAACACAUGGGGCCACAAACAUUAGAGAUGAGGAAACCGACUACACAUCACAGAUGUCUGAAAGACCAAAAGAUGUCACACUAACACAUGGGGCCACAAACAUUACAGAUGAGGAAACCGACUACACAUCAGAGAAGUCUGAAAUACCAAAAGAUGUCACACUAACACAUGGGGCCACAAACAUUACAGAUGAGGAAACCGACUACACAUCACAGAUGUCUGAAAGACCAAAAGAUGUCACACUAACACAUGGGGCCACAAACAUUGCAGAUGAGGAAACCGACUACACAUCACAGAAGUCUGAAAGACCAAAAGAUGUCACACUAACACAUGGGGCCACAAACAUUACAGAUGAGGAAACCGACUACACACCACAGAAGUCUGAAAGACCAAAGGAUGUUACACUAACACAUGGGGCCACAAACAUUGCAGAUGAGGAAACCGACUACACAUCACAGAAGUCUGAAAUACCAAAAGAUGUCACACUAACACAUGGGGCCACAAACAUUACAGAUGAGGAAACCGACUACACAUCACAGAUGACUGAAAGACCAAAAGAUGUCACACUAACACAUGGGGCCACAAACAUUACAGAUGAGGAAACCGACUACACAUCACAGAAGUCUGAAAUACCAAAAGAUGUCACACUAACACAUGGGGCCACAAACAUUACAGAUGAGGAAACCGACUACACAUCACAGAUGUCUGAAAGACCAAAAGAUGUCACACUAACACAUGGGGCCACAAACAUUGCAGAUGAGGAAACCGACUACACAUCACAGAAGUCUGAAAGACCAAAAGAUGUCACACUAACACAUGGGGCCACAAACAUUACUGAUGAGGAAACCGACUACACACCACAGAAGUCUGAAAGACCAAAGGAUGUUACACUAACACAUGGGGCCACAAACAUUGCAGAUGAGGAAACCGACUACACAUCACAGAAGUCUGAAAUACCAAAAGAUGUCACACUAACACAUGGGGCCACAAACAUUACAGAUGAGGAAACCGACUACACAUCACAGAUGUCUGAAAGACCAAAAGAUGUCACACUAACACAUGGGGCCACAAACAUUACAGAUGAGGAAACCGACUACACACCACAGAAGUCUGAAAGGCCAAAAGAUGUCACACUAACACAUGGGGCCACAAACAUUGCAGAUGAGGAAACCGACUACACAUCACAGAAGUCUGAAAUACCAAAAGAUGUCACACUAACACAUGGGGCCACAAACAUUAGAGAUGAGGAAACCGACUACACAUCACAGAAGUCUGAAAGACCAAAAGAUGUCACACUAACACAAGGGGCCACAAACAUUACAGAUGAGGAAACCGACUACACACCACAGAAGUCUGAAAGACCAAAGGAUGUUACACUAACACAUGGGGCCACAAACAUUACAGAUGAGGAAACCGACUACACAUCACAGAAGUCUGAAAGGGCAAAAGAUGUCACACUAACACAUGGGGCCACAAACAUUACGGAUGAGGAAACCGACUACACAUCACAGAAGUCUGAAAUACCAAAAGAUGUCACACUAACACAUGGGGCCACAAACAUUACAGAUGAGGAAACCGACUACACAUCACAGAUGUCUGAAAGACCAAAAGAUGUCACACUAACACAUGGGGCCACAAACAUUGCAGAUGAGGAAACCGACUACACAUCACAGAAGUCUGAAAGACCAAAAGAUGUCACACUAACACAUGGGGCCACAAACAUUACAGAUGAGGAAACCGACUACACACCACAGAAGUCUGAACGACCAAAUGAUGUCACACUAACACAUGGGGCCACAAACAUUACAGAUGAGGAAACCGACUACACACCACAGAAGUCUGAACGACCAAAAGAUGUCACACUAACACAUGGGGCCACAAAAAUUACAGAUGAGGAAACCGACUACACAUCACAGAAGUCUGAAAGACCAAAAGAUGUCACACUAACACAUGGGGCCACAAACAUUAGAGAUGAGAAAACCGACUACACAUCACAGAAGUCUGAAAGACCAAAAGAUGUCACACUAACACAUGGGGCCACAAACAUUACCGAUGAGGAAACCGACUACACACCACAGACGUCUGAACGUCCAAAAGAUGUCACACUAAUACAUGGGGCCACAAAUAUUACAGAUGAGGAUACCGACUACACAUCCCAGAAGUCUGAAAGACCAAAAGAUGUCACACUAACACAUGGGGCCACAAACAUUACAGAUGAGGAAACCGAGUACACACCACAGAAGUCUGAAAGACCAAAAGAUGUCACACUAACACAUGGGGCCACAAACAUUACAGAUGAGGAAACUGACUUCACAUCACAGAAGUCUGAAAGGCCAAAAGAUGUCACACUAACACAUGGGGCCACAAACAUUACAGAUGAGGGAACCGACUACACACCACAGAAGUCUGAAAGGCCAAAAGAUGUCACACUAACACAUGGGGCCACAAACAUUACAGAUGAGGAAACCGACUACACAUCACAGAAGUCUGAAAGACCAAGAGAUGUCACACUAACACAUGGGGCCACAAACAUUACAGAUGAGGAAACCGACUACACACCACAGAAGUCUGAACGACCAAAAGAUGUCACACUAACACAUGGGGCCACAAACAUUACAGAUGAGGAAACCGACUACACAUCACAGAAGUCUGAAAGACCAAAAGAUGUCACACUAACACAUGGGGCCACAAACAUUAGAGAUGAGUCUGAAAGACCAAAAGAUGUCACACUAACACAUGGGGCCACAAACAUUACAGAUGAGGAAACCGACUACACAUCACAGAAGUCUGAAAGACCAAGAGAUGUCACACUGACACAUGGGGCCACAAACAUUACAGAUGAGGAAACCGACUACACACCACAGAAGUCUGAACGACCAAAAGAUGUCACACUAACACAUGGGGCCACAAACAUUACAGAUGAGGAAACCGACUACACAUCACAGAAGUCUGAAAGACCAAAAGAUGUCACACUAACACAUGGGGCCACAAACAUUAGAGAUGAGUCUGAAAGACCAAAAGAUGUCACACUAACACAUGGGGCCACAAACAUUAGAGAUGAGGAAACCGACUACACAUCACAGAAGUCUGAAAGACCAAAAGAUGUCACACUAACACAUGGGGCCACAAACAUUACAGAUGAGGAAACCGACUACACAUCACAGAAGUCUGAAAGGCCAAAAGAUGUCACACUAACACAUGGGGCCACAAACAUUAGAGAUGAGGAAACCGACUACACAUCACAGAAGUCUGAAAUACCAAAAAAUGUCACACUAACACAUGGGGCCACAAACAUUAGAGAUGAGGAAACAGACUACACAUCACAGAAGUCUGAAAGACCAAAGGAUGUUACACUAACACAUGGGGCCACAAACAUUACAGAUGAGGAAACCGACUACACAUCACAGUAG